CACCGUCGUGAAUCACGGCCAUCUUUUGACUGUACGAAGAAGAAGAAGAAGUGGAAUGCGACGCUUUCUGUACUGCACAGUUUUUUUUAACAUGCUGUGCCGAACGGGGAGCGCCGAUUUCAUCGACUUGACCAUUCUGCAUUCAAAUGACAUACACGCCCACGUUACUGAGACAGACCCACAGGGCAUGCGAUGCGGAACUUCAACAGAUUGCGUUGGAGGAGUUGAUCGCCAGCUGUACAUGGUACGUAAAAUUAGGAGCAUGAUAAAAGACAAGGGAAACAUGAACGGCCACGUCCUAUUCCUGAACGCUGGUGACAACUAUCAGGGAACUGCCUGGUACUCCGUACUGAAGUACAAGCCCGUGGCUAAUAUCGUAGAACUCCUUCGUCCAGACGCGAUGACUCUCGGGAACCAUGAAUUUGACGACGGACCAGAAGGCUUGGCGCCGUUCUUGCAACAAAUAAAGGGAAAAGUGCCUGUAAUCGCAAGUAACGUGGACUUUUCCCGAGCCCCAUCAUUGAAAGGGCUGGUAAGCAAGUCCACCGUCGUCAAUUUAAACGGUACCAAAGUGGGCAUCAUCGGUGCAGUCACAACGGAAACGAGUACAAUCAGUUACCCAGGCCCCGUCACAUUUGACGAUCACAUUGAAUGCGUUCGUGCGGAAGCGAAGAGGCUACGAGGAGCUGGCAUUAAGAUCCAAAUUGCCCUAACACACAUCGGCUACCUCAGAGAUCAAGAACUGGCGCACCAGGUGCCAGAACUGACUGUUAUUGUUGGAGGACAUUCUCACACUUUUCUGUACACAGGCAACGACCAUCCGAAAGAAGAUGCCCCAGAAGGCCCAUACCCUACUGUGAUAACACGAGACGAUGGCACAAAAGCAUUAGUCGCCCAGGGCUUCUGGUUUGGGAAGUACCUGGGCCGCCUCAACGUUAUGUACGACCUCAAUGGAAACAUGCGCAACUGGUCUGGCAAACCAAUUCUUCUGGACAACAACGUUCCACAAGAGCCGGAGAUGAGUAGCCUGUUACAGAGGUACCAGGACAACGUUACCGCGGGAUCCAAACAGAUUGUUGGUAGUUCAAAAGUAUUACUCCAAGGUGACCCGCAGGAUUGCCUGUUCAAAGAAUGCACCAUGGGGAACUUGAUCACCGACGCUAUGUUCAGCUUCAUCGCCGAUAAACCAACGGCUGGCACUGGAGUGUGGUCUGUCGUCGAUGCGUGCGUCCUUAAUUCUGGAGCGAUCACAGGAUCGCUUUUACCCAACGUUUCGAUCACAAGAGGUGACCUGUGGAAGGUGACGCCAUUCCACGACACAUUAACCACAGUGACUUUGAAAGGAACGGCCUUGCGUUCCAUCUUUGAAUUUUCAGCAAGCAAGUACUCGGAGAACAGCACAGGUCGAGGCGCAGGAUUUGUACAGGUUUCAGGGGCAUUUGUCACGUACAACAUGGCGAGACGUGUGGGACAGCGUGUGAAGUCCCUAGAAAUUAUGUGCUCAAUCUGUGGCAUCCCUCACUUUGAACCCCUGGACGACAAUAGGGUUUACAACAUCGUUCUUCCCGCAUUCAUGUAUAAAGGCGGUGGCGGCUACGACUUCGGGGACGCUAUGGCUGCGCAAGACAAUGGUGACCUUCUGCACGAUGCUCUUGAGAAGUUCUUCAGGAGGAGGUCUCCGGUGAUUGCCAGGCUCGAGGGUCGCAUCAGAAUCGUGCAUAUUGAGGACAACGUUGAUGCACAACCAUUUCGAAGCGUAUCGACGACGCACCAGCCAAGAAGCUUGAGUUUUCUUCUUCUAUUGACGUGGUGCUGGAUCCUUCACAGGCUGGAACUAUAUGGUUGCCACAGAGCUACGGUUGUCCAGGAGCUAUGAACUUAAUGUGAGAGUUCUCCUAUUGACAAUAUAUUCGUGCUAUAUAACAGAUAAUAAAACGCUCAAGUCACUUCA